CCUCGGCCCCAGCGCCACCAUGGUGACCCUCGCUGAGCUGCUGGUGCUCCUGGCCGCGCUCCUGGCCACGGCGUCUGGCUACUUCGUUAGCAUCGACGCGCAUGCCGAGGAGUGCUUCUUCGAGCGGGUCACCUCGGGCACCAAGAUGGGCCUCAUCUUCGAAGUGGCCGAGGGCGGCUUUCUGGACAUCGACGUGGAGAUCACAGGGCCUGAUAAUAAAGGGAUCUACAAAGGUGACCGAGAGUCCAGUGGGAAAUACACAUUUGCUGCUCACAUGGAUGGAACAUACAAGUUUUGUUUUAGCAAUAGGAUGUCCACCAUGACUCCAAAGAUAGUGAUGUUCACCAUUGACAUUGGGGAGGCCCCGAAAGGACAAGACAUGGAAACAGAAGGUGGUGGAGAUACCUGGGAUGCUCACCAGAACAAGCUAGAAGAAAUGAUCAACGAGCUCGCAGUGGCGAUGACAGCUGUGAAGCACGAGCAGGAGUACAUGGAGGUUCGAGAGAGAAUCCACAGAGCAAUCAACGACAACACAAACAGCAGAGUGGUCCUGUGGUCCUUCUUUGAAGCUCUCGUUCUAGUUGCCAUGACAUUGGGACAGAUCUACUACCUGAAGAGAUUUUUUGAAGUCCGGAGGGUUGUUUAAAAAGAGCCUUUUUCCCCCUGAUGAUCCUAAACUCCUAACUCACCGUUGACCAAAAGCCCUGGUCACAGUAAUGUUGUUAGUCUCUCUGUUUCCCUUCUCUGCACUGUCCAUUUCACAGCUCAUGUUUUUCGUGACUCAUAGAUAGUAGCGGGGUGGGGGGAUCACCUUUUUAGGAAGUUGGCGUCGUUUCUUACUUGAAUUCUGCCUCCAUUAUCCAAGCCCUUGCAGAACUCAUGCACUGGAAGUGAAAUGUAGGUGUGGUGUCCUCCUUAGGUCUCCUUUUCUUUUGUCGAGGACAUCUGCACCAAGCCUGAGAAUUGACUGCACCGCCAUCUGCGCCUCAGGACAGUUAGGAUGGCUUUUGUUGAGCUCUUAGAAGAAACAACAGGCUGAGUCCCCACACUUGCCUUCCAGCUGAAUGGCUGAGCUCCCUGAGUUAGGAGUCUGUCACCAUGAUUGGGCACUUUUAGAUAUAUUCUGUACCUUAUUUUUGCUUUAAAAUAAGAUUAGUCCAAACACACAUUUCUCCAUCCCUAAACCCCUCUCCCCCUAAAAUUUUUACCUUGAACCUUAGGCCUCAAUCACCUCUACUUAAACUGAUGGACAAGCAGCUAGUAACCACAUUUUGGUUCCUACCAAACUUCGUGAGAAGUCUUUGUCCAAGCUCAUCUCUGAUGCGAGUUGAGGUGAAAGGUAGCUUUUUUGGUUUUCCUUGUACUGGCUUGUCCACAUUCUCCGUUCUUGGCACCUAGAAAUUGUAGGCUCACAUAAUUGGAAAGAUCUGGAUUUCUAAUGCCAAAGGGUUACAGCCUCUUGGAUUUCAUUGCGAUGAUAUACAGCCACUAUUUUAUUUUGGUCAGCGGCAUUUUGGGCCACUGUUUAAUUAGGGUACUGAACAUUAGUGUCAGUUCUUGGGUUUCUGGUUUUAUUUCUCCUGGGUCUUUCAUUUUGGCACAUGUGAAUUUUGUUUGAUAUAAAAUGAAAUGUGUUUCUCUUGGUCUCUGAUGAUGGGUUUAAAAUUACAGGAGCAUCUGGUUGUGGUGUGGGGGUGAUCCAGGAUUAUGUUGUGACUGAUGUAUAUUAGUUACUUGUACAUUUUUUUUUUUGGAUCUUUACAAGGGGGAAAACUACAAGUAACGAGUUUUAUAUAAUUAAUUUAAAUUUGUUACAGGUUUUCAUGUUCAAGAUAAACAAUUUUUUCAACCUUGGGUGAAAUACUUGCAACAGUUCAUUGAUAAGGUGACUGUCCACCUCAAGACAACUGUUGCAUGCCAAUUUUUUUUUUUGUGAAAACACUUCAAAUUUGAAUUAACAUGUAAAUUUACAAUUGGUUGUGUAUCUAAUAUACCCCAGGUUCAGUAAAUAAACAAUUAUUUUUAAAAACA